GCCUCGGCAUUUCAGUUCGACAGUAGAUGUGAACUGCAGCUGUAUGGGCAUGAGGAUUCGCAGACUCGUGUUAAAUUUAGAAACAUCGCGCUGCUCAGUGUGUCUGCCCUAAUUCGGAAGAAUUCUGGAUACACUAAAUGGCAGCUAUUGUUUUGAGGUGCACGAAGGUAUAAUAAUCUAUUAUCAUUCAUGGAAGUACACUGCGAAGAUCAAAAAUCUUGGCUCUAUGUAAAAGGCUAAGAAGAUAAACUUUUUUGAUCCACGAUUUAUGUUGUGAUGACCCAAGAAGUCUCAGACGCCUGCUGCUCAUACUAUACCUUGCUCAAAAAGGAUGAAAUUUCGUCAUGUUUUGUGCGUCCUACGUAAAGAUGUGCCGACGACUUAAUCGCCACCAGUGUAGUUUCUGAAGAUUCAGCAGAAGACCGAAGGGGGAGGAGAAGAUGUGUGAAAGACACGAAGAAGAAAUCGAGGAUCAGCAGCCCGAUCAACAGAUACAGAAUGGACACGUAUUCCACUCCGGUACAAGCUUGCGGCCACCCUUCAGCAUACUGAUCGGCACCGCCCUUUAUGUCGCAGAGUUUGUCAGCGCCGCUGUGCUUUGCGGUUACUAUCACCGCUACCAUGAUCAUUACUGGAUGGGACUGACCAUUACCUUCAUGAUAGUUCCGUCCGUAGUUAGCCAGUUGGCUCUGACGUUUAUACACCGAGACUUGGGAAAGGAUCGUCCGCUUAUCCUACUAAUACACUUGCUUCAAAUGGGACCGGUCAUAAGGUGCAUAGAGGCUCUGGUGGUGUACUUUCGUGCUGGCAAGAAGGAGGAGCCAUACGUAUCAAUCUCAAGAAAGAUUAAGUUAAAACAUGGAGUGGAGAGAGAGGUAGAGACUGAGAUUGGGCAUUCUGCUCGAAUCCUUGCUAUGCAUCGUAAUGCCUUCAAGCGUGUGGCUGUUAUUCAGGCCUUCCUAGGUUCCACCCCUCAGCUGUCACUUCAGCUGUAUGCAACAGUGCUACAGAAGUACCUGCCUCCUGCAAGAGUUGCCCUGAUGUCACUGUCUCUGAUUUCUGUUACAUAUGGAGCCUUGGUCUGCACCGUUUUGGCCAUCCAGAUUAAAUAUGAUGACUACAAACUUGUUCUGCAGCCACUGGGCUAUUUGUGUAUAGUAAUGUGGCGGGCUACAGAAAUUGCCACACGUGUCACUGUGAUAGUGCUUUUCAGCACUGCCCUGAAAUACUGGAUAGUCCCAAUUGGUUUAAUUAAUUUACUGUUUCUCUUCUUCCUUCCAUGGGUGGAGUUCUGGAGGAAGAAGGCCCCAUUCCCUGAAAAUGUUGAAAAGAACUUUAGUAAAGCAGGCACCGCCUUUGUGCUUUCUUUAGUGACUUUCCUUUAUGCUGGCAUAAAUGUUUUCUGUUGGUCAGCAGUGCAGCUAAAUCUGGCAGACAAGGACUUGAUAGAAAAAUCUCAGAGCUGGGGUCGACUAGCUAUAUACUAUUCUGUACGGUUUGUGGAGAAUGCUGUCCUCAUCACUCUCUGGUAUUUUUAUAAAACAGACAUCUAUGAGUAUUUUUGCUCACCUUUAUUGGUUGCACAACUUAUGGUAGCCUACGUUUUAGGUGUCAUUUUCAUGCUCGCCUUUUAUCAGUAUUUCCAUCCCUGUCGGCGGCUCUUCACGCACAAUGUUGAAGACUGUUUGCACUGUGUUUGUCUAAAAAGAACAUCUGCUCCUCAGUUACCACAAGACCAGAAACCGGAGGGAAUACUGGAGCACAUCAAUGAACUUCGGGAGACAGACUUGAUGGAAUGAUGCUCAGUUACACUAUAUGGGUAUCUGUUAGAAGAUGAUUUUGUUUUUUGUUUUUUUUUUCCAAACGUGCAUAUUAAGGCCAUUAUUAAAUUAAAUACCAUCAUGUAGAUUAGAAUGUUGAAGCUACAAAAAACAUCUGAAGAAAAAAAAAAGUGAUUCAAAUCGUGCCAGGUUUUUUUCUUUUUUCACAUGGGGCAAAAGAAAAAUUACAUUUAAUUAUGUAGGCAAAUAUGUUUAGGAUUUGUUAUUUUUUUACUGCAUGGCUUCAAUAUCAAAGUGUGGAGAAAAAGUAUAUUGUUAUACAUUUAUAUUUUGUUUCAUAAACAACAAUAUUGCUAUAACAGGUA